CCGGGCCGCCCACACCGACCCGCGGCGCGCACGGCGGCUGUCCCGCCUGCCACAAUGCGCGGCGAGGCUGCGGCCGCAACUUGGCGAGGUAGUCUCUAACGUCGCUGCUCGGCAUCCCUAGGACAGGCCGCCCCUGACGCCGCGCGGGGACCCCAUUGGCCCGCGCCCCCCCAUGCGCUCACUCUUUGGUGCCCGGCCGGGCGGGCGCCGCGCGGACGCGGAGCCGCGCGGGUGACGGCAGAGGCGGCUGCGCGCCCAGCCCAGCCCGCGGAGAGGGCGCGCCGCGCCCCCGCCCCCCGCCCGCUCUCGGGAGGCCGUGGGUGCGGAUGCGCCUCUGACGACUCUCAGCGACCAGCAGUGCCGCCGGCCCGCCGGCCGGAGCCCGCAGCAUGGCAGCCGCCGCCUAUGUGGACCACUUCGCCGCCGAGUGCCUCGUGUCCAUGUCGAGCCGCGCGGUCGUGCACGGGCCGCGGGAGGGGCCGGAGCCCGGACCCGAGGGCGCGGCCGCCGCUGUCGCCGCCACGCUGCCCCGCGUCGAGGAGCGCCGCGACGGCAAGGACAGUGCCUCGCUCUUCGUGGUGGCGAGGAUCUUGGCGGACCUCAACCAGCAAGCGCCGGCGCCCGCCCCGGCGGAGCGCAGAGAGGGCGCCGCGGCCCGGAAGGCGAGGACCCCCUGCCGCCUGCCGCCCGCGCCGCCACCCGCCCCCGAGCCCGCCUCCCCCGGCGGCGAAGGUGCGGCGGCCGCGCCCCUCAGCCCCGCGUGGAGCGAGCCCGAGGCCGAGCUCGAGGCGGGGCUGGAGCCGGAGCGGGAGCCAGGGCCCGCGGGGAGCAGCGAACCCGGCCUCAGACAAAGGGGCCGGCGGGGCCGAAGUCGCGCGGACCUGGAGUCCCCGCAGAGAAAGCACAAGUGCCACUACGCGGGCUGCGAGAAAGUUUACGGGAAAUCCUCGCACCUCAAGGCGCACCUGAGAACUCACACAGGUGAGAGGCCCUUCGCCUGCAGCUGGCAGGACUGCAACAAGAAGUUCGCGCGCUCGGACGAGCUGGCCCGGCACUACCGCACGCACACGGGCGAGAAGAAGUUCAGCUGCCCCAUCUGCGAGAAGCGCUUCAUGCGCAGCGACCACCUGACGAAGCACGCGCGCCGCCACGCCAACUUCCACCCGGGCAUGCUGCAGCGGCGCAGCGGGGGCUCGCGGACCGGCUCCCUCAGCGACUACAGCCGCUCGGACGCCAGCAGCCCCACCAUCAGCCCGGCCAGCUCGCCCUGAGCUGGGCCCCUGCCAGCCCGCGGCAGCACAGCCCCGCCCUCCCCGCCCCGGGGCCCCGCCCCCCCACCCCCCCUUCUGCGGGCGCCCUGCCCCACUCCGCCCGGCCCACCCCGGGGCUGGCCGAGGACCCUCCGCCCCCACUACAGCCAUGAGCAGAUGCUCGCCCUUCUCGUGAUGCCCUGUCUUUUCCUUUUGUAAUAAGAAAGAAGAGAGAACUUUAUGAAGUCAAUAACAACAACACAACAAACAAUUUCUUCACCUCAGGUGUCAAAGUAAAUUUGUAAAAAAACAAAAAAUUUUCAAAAAACACCAUCCACAAAUUGCACAAUAGACAUACCCACAAAGGUGAGAUUCAGUGGUGUUGAACCCCCCCCCCCCCUUUCUCAGGGAUGGACAUGUUCCACGAGGUCAGUGAGGACACCCCUUUCCUGCCGCCUUAUUCUGUACAUAGAUUUGCACUCUGGAGUUUUCUGUUAGGUUCGGGAACACACUGGGGACAAAGGAGACGAAGCAGUGCAGGUGGGGCUCAGCAUCCAGCCUGUGGGUCAGUUGAUCGGUCAGUUCUGAGCGAACGCGGUCACUGACAUUUGCUUCCAGGCCAGAUUCCCAAGCCGGGGGCCUCCCGGCCGCCAAGCCUCUGCCCCAGCAGCCCGGCCGGGCUCAGGACGUAGAUCAUUCAGAGGGAUGCCUUAAGCUGUACUGGGCAAAAGAAGCACUCCACCUGGGGAGACCACAGAGGCGCCCGCCUUGUGCGGGGGCCCUGCCCAUUUCCCUCCCCCUGCCUCCAGGAGCCUUUCUCUGGGCCUCUCAGAGCACUGGAAGCAGAGAUGCGAGCCUGGGUUGAUCAGCCCGCUGCACCAUCUGAAGUCCGAUGUGACAGGGCCCGGGCCACGUUUGCCCAGCCCUUGGCCUGCCUGAGGUAUGUGCCCCGCGUAGGGACACCUGAUGGUCUGUGUCCUGCAGAAGGCACAUGGGGACCUCUCACUCUCUCAUCUUCUCUGACUGGAAAACAGAGCCUGGGAACCCAGUCUUCUUCAGAGAUGGCCGAAAGUGUCUCUGGUGCCUCCAGUUCCCGUGUUCCCCUGGACCGGCCCUGCUCUCAAGACACCUUUGUUUGAAACCGCGGGGAAGGUUGUUGGGCCACCUUGCCAGAGGCCCAGUGUGUGUGGCCGUGCACGUGGCAGCACUCGGUGCUUCACAGAGACAGUUCUGUAGCAAGAGACCGGAACAUUGUGACUUGGAACUUUUCGGGAGUGGUAAAGCAGAUGUUAUGGGAAAUGCUGUCGGAGAAUGUGCAUUCUGUUUCCUCCCCGGGGAACACCAGACAGAAAGUUGUGGGAAAUACUUUGCUCAGACCCACCAUGUUCCCAGCUCGGAAUUAGCAAACCUCCCGCGUCUCCAUGAGCUUUGCACCCCCUGGACUUCUCCCUUUCCCUCCCACUCCCCCCCUCCUGCCUGGGAGGCCCCGGCCCACACCUGCCUGCCCGUGGUGCAGUAGGGCUCCGGGGUGCUGUGUUGCCAGCGUUCUCCUGCUGGGAGAGGAAGAGCAGAGAGCUGAGCGGUUUCUCCGGAGUCCCCCGCCUGGGCUGGGCUGGGGCUUGAGCCCUGGCGGGGCAGUCAGGCUGGGCUCCAGCAUGCUGCUCCUCUGCAGACAUUUGGAGGCUCCUGCUCAGUGCUGCUGCCUGGGCACCUCCCUUUCCUUCUUCCUGAGAGUUGGGGCGUGUAAAUACAAGCCCCUAGGACAGUGUGUGUGUGUGUGUGUGUGUGUGUGUGUGUGUGUGUGUUGGGGUGGGGGGGUGUGGGUUUGGGGUGGAUUUGAGGUAUCUCGCAGAGACCUCUGCUCAUUUUGGUGAGGAGGAAUGACCCUUGGGACCUCAGAGGGCUGUAGAUGGGCUUCCUGGGCCCAGAGUGCCUUGGUGGUGGCCAUCCUGCGUCCACCCCACCGUAUCCUGGCAUGGGGUGCAGCACAGAGAAGCCCCAGAGACCCAGGCCUGGCUGGUGCUCACAGGGGCCGGCACCCUCUGCCCAUAAUGACCACAAGGGUGGCAAUCUGCUGGAUGCAGCACUUGGGUGCCCCUUUCAGACUCUACUGUGUGUUGUCUGGGAUCGGCCAGGGGCAUGGUGGUGGCUUCUGAGUAGCGUGUUAGGUAUCAAGUUGGGCAGUAGCAUUGUUCUUGCUGUGGGUGAAAGCCAAGCAGGGCUGGGGGAUCAGAUGCAGAGCUGACGGCCCUAGCUGCCGUGUCCCAUUUGGGCUGCAUGACAGCCCUGCUUGCGUUUGGUCUGGAAGAGAGGGUGGAAGAUCCUAUAGAGACCUGGACAGAAGAGCGCCCUGAGUGCUUGGGGUGAGAGAUCUUCGUGCCCAGUUCCAAAGUGAGGCCCAGAAGGCCCUCGGAGGCCCCUCCCAAAGUUGUUUCUGUGUGAGGCAUAGAAAGCCACACUCUGAAUACAUUUCAUGUCUCAGGAACUCACAUUCCAGGUUCAGGAAUUUUAUUCCAAAGUCCUUUGGUGUGCUCACCGUCCACGGGUCCCCGAAGGCAGGGAGAGGGAGCUGUGUGUCCCUGGGAGGCCACAUAAUGCUAUCCCCUUGAGGAGCCAGGAGUCUCCUUGUGAUCUGCCCACUGGCAUCUCAGAAGGAGGGUUUCUAACCCCACAUCUGUCUGCACAUAGGAAGGGGAGUAAGGACUCUAAACCCAGUCAUCUUGGAAUAAAAGAAGAGCUGGUUUGUUUUAGAGGUGGGGUGGGGGGUGGGGGAGGGAAAGCGGGUGUUUGCUGUUUCCAAAGAGAGCACUUAAUUUAAUUUUUCCUCUAAAUGACCCAGGGCUGUUCCGUCAGAUAGAUGGAAGGGUAACAUUGCCUUAAAACAGAAAUAUGCAGGCAUUGACUAUUUUUGGCAAAUGAGUGUGUCUUCAUUCCCAAAGCGGUUCUGGUCUAAUGGCCGGGUGCGGUCCUUCCGCUAUGGGCCUGGCCUGGGAGAUGGGGCACUGCUCUGCUGACUUAGGGCACCUGGAGGGAAUCCCCGCCUGGCUUCCCUGGGCACUUGGCCUGGGGCUCCGGUCGGACCAUCCUGACUCAUCUGGGGCUAAAAUUCAUCUCACUUGAAGGGUGGGAAAAAUCCAUGAACCUCAGGCGAGGUUUAAAUGGGCUCUCCCUGGCAUCUCAUCACCAUGAAAUGAGUGCUUGUGGAAGGGGGCAGUGGGCCGUGGGCCGUGGAAAGCUACUCCCUGGGGCCCCCACUGGAAGCAGUUACAUGGGGUGGACCCUCCUGAAACAGCUUGCAUUUUCUUCUAAGAUGUAGAAUGUCUUCCCAGCCUGGGUCUAUUUCAGGGUCUUUCAUUUUUCUGGUUUAUGGCCAUGCUUGCUGGCUUCAGUGUGAUUGAAGAACCCAUAGGACUCCUAGACAUAAUAGUGAAAACUCAAACCUUUAUUUUGUAGCAGACUUGUUCUCACAGGCCAAGGGGGCAGAGAUCUCAAAAUGAAGGUUGCCUGAACAAAGGGAGAAUUUCCUCCAAAAAAUCCUAAAAGUGACCCUGGACUCAACCAUCAGGGGGCUGGUGUUUAGCUCACGUCCCAAAUAAGAAAGCCCCUCUUUGCGUCAGCCAUGUGAGGGGACCGGUUGUCAGCUCCCUAUAUGCCCACGGAAUCCUACAGCCAUCUGGAAAGGAACAGGUGAACACAGCCGUUUCCACGAAGGGCCCCGGGGUCCUCUUCUGUAGGGUGCUAUGUAGGAACAGGCAGCGAUGCCCUUGAUGGGAAUGUAGUCCUGGAGGUACCCUACCUGCAUCCCACCACACCCCCACUAUGGCACUUGAGGUGCAGGACACUACCCACCCUUUAUUCUGAGGCCAUGCAACCGGGCAGGUGCAGGAUUCGCCACGGUGCAGCCUCCAGGUGCAAACAUCAGUGGGACUGGGGUCCCCAGAUCUCACUGUGCCCUGGGUCACAGCUCAGACCAAUGGGGAGUGACUUGGAGAUAGGGACAGACAGGCCAGCCACAGGUAGCCCCCAGCCCACCUGUUGGGACAUGAAGAGAGGGCCGGUGGCUUUCUAUGGUCCCGAGGGAAGUGUGGCAGAACUGGGGUCUCCAGUUGAGCUCUCUGCUGCCCGGCCCAGAGUCUUCAGAAGACCCAGCCUCCUUUCUUGCCAGAAGCAGGUGCUAAGGUGGACGGCACAGGGUCAUAGCACUUGCCAGGGACUUCAUCCGUGGUUUCAGUGAGCAGGAGUGCCACCUAACAAAGUGUGAUCUGAGCAAUAGCAUCCCAUUGUCAUUUAACUCCUGGUUUGGGCUGUUUACAAGGCUACCUGAUUAUUUUGACUUCUGACAGAUAUCACUGAUUUUUUUUUUUUUAAACCCAUUUUUAAAGUCAGUCAGUCAAAAACAGUGCUGGAAGGUUUAAAGGGUCUGAUGUAGUGGUCACAUCGAAAACAGUAAGAGAUGCUUUGUUGGUCCCCCGUAUCUUUUGCUACCCAAAGGUUCCAUAUGCGAUUCUUGUGACCAUGUUUUCCAAAGGUAAAAUCGAGGAUGUGGACCUACAAUUUCUGAAGGCAGGAUUGCCCUGGGAAGAGCCAGCUCCCUAUGACUGAUAUUCCCGAUUCUGAGGCUCAGUUUCAAAGGUUUGUCCAAGACACAUUCCAGAGAAUUUUGUACCAGAAUUUGGAUGCGCAAUCCAGCUUACUACUGAUAAAUGCCUGCACAUCAUUUAGGGCGAGGCCCUUCCUCCCACCCACUGCCCUGUCCCUCACUGGUGUGAAGAUUGGCUUUGGUGGGAGCUUUGAGCCCCGGAUCCAUGAGGGCAGAGGGGCCGUACUUGGUUUCUUCUGAUCCCCUGUAGCAAUGUCAGACUUGCAGUGCGUCCAGCUGGCCCUGCCCAGCCUCUCCCCUUCUCAUGCAGCUUUAAAACCUUACGACUUUUAUUUAAAGAUGAACAAGAUGGGAGGGGAGGGGACCACAUGAGCAGCUUUCUCCCAGGGCUCAGGGGCGUUUUCCCAGGGACGUGUUGACAGGUUGUUGUACAUGCUUAUUUAGAAACCCAAGUAUGUGAGCUGAAUGCAAGACAACCGCAGGUCUGGCCGAAGGUUGGCCCCCCCUACUCAGAGCACAAGGGCUGGGUGUACCGGCCGGAUCCCUCCCCAGCUUGCCCUGUGCAUGGGGUGAGAGGGCCACUUCCCAGCGGGGAUCAGGUGCCACUUGGGGAGCAGUGUGGCGGCCUUUCCCAGGUCAGGGUGCAGGUGUCGGGGUGGGUGGCUUCGCUCCUGAGCUUCACCCUGGAGAGUCCGUGUGCCUAGUGCUGAGGAUCCCAAGGGCUCGGCGGCAUCAGCACGAGCUAUGCAUUGUGGGGCGUGGGGCUUGCUGUGUUCCCACAUAACCGGGAAUACAUCAUGUGGGUGCGUUGGGUGCAUGAGUCAGCCACCCCCAGACCCGCACAAAUGACCCCUUCCCCAUCCAAAGCCAUUGAUGGAGCUUCUCUGGAAUCGUAUGCCAAAAUCCCAAGGCAGAAUCCAAGGGUCCAAGACCAUUUCCAUGGAUCACGCGUUUUCCUUUUCUGUAGGAACUUUUUUUUUUCCUUUUUAACCAGCACCACACCAUGCUUCCGAAGGCCAUGUUUCAUCUUUCCUGGAUCACUACAGUGAAGUAUUACAGUUGUACAGUUCCCAAUCUGGCCUUGGCUUGCUCGGAUAAAACUUUGUAUGUAUUUUGUAUGGCAUAGAUUCUAUAUUGUAAUGAUGUCCUA